UGUUAAUGAUUGCAGAAUAUGUAAAAAAUAUGAGAACUAAGGGAAAUGAUCAGAAAAUUCGCAAAACCAGAAACCAGAAAAUCCGCGUAAAGCAGAACUUCAGGAAAUGGUGGGAUGCUACAAUCAGCACUGCUCCAGCAAUGAUAGUUUAAGAAAUGCUGAAACUUAUUCGGAGAAAAAGCUUCAGAAAAUCUAAGACAGCUUCUAAGGACAACUAUAACGAUCUCAACAAUUACUCUGUUUCACAGGAUCCAUUUCGGAGCUUAGAUCGACGCCAUCCUACUGCUAGAUACAGUUCCCUGAGCAGCUGUGAGGAAGGCCCGCCCAGAAUAAUCCAGUAUGCCCGCCCACCAGAAAACCUAACCAGCCCAGUCAGAGAAAGUAGUGGAUAUCUAGGGGAUAGUUUGACCGUCAGCCCAGCUGUUAGUCCUGUACCUGUCCUCAGUCCUGAUGUGGACCCGGUCCAUCAACUUUUCCUAGAAUCAGUCCUUAGAGGGACUCAGUCCUCUACUCAGGUGUCAAGAGAGCCCCGUGGGCUCGAGAAAACCCAAUCUGUCGGUCAACAAACCAGGGAUGCUGGAAAAAAGAAGUCAGGAGGUGUCCUAAAUACUCUCAGACAAAGUUUCCGACGCAAAAAACGAAAUAGUUCCGUUGUGGAUGCGUCAAAUACCAAUUCUCAUUGGCGGGACUCUUCUGCGUCAGUUUCCUCGGUUCGAACCUCGCGUACUCUCACGCAGUCCCGAGGAAGUAUCAGCAGGAACAGUUUAAGUCCCUCGCGCGCGAGCAUAGCGAGCAGAUCAAGCCUGGACAAGGAACCAGGUUCAACCAGGAAGAUAGUGAGAAAAGGAUCCCAGAGAGAGAAUAAAAUCAGUGAGAACGGAAUAAAGGUUGAGAUUGGUAAAACCAAUGAUAGUUGUUCCAUGAAGUAUAUUGAUGCCCAGUCUCAGGGCAGUAGUAGUCCAACAUCUAACGGAAAUCAGAAAGACUACUCAGAGAUGUCAGCUUUGAAAGCCGUAGCAUCCCCGGGUCCCACCCCGGCCCCCUUUACCCCUGUAUCCUCUACACCUUACUCGUCAAGCAAAACUACUCAUUACACUCCUUCAUCUAACUCUACAUACUCCCCUGUAGUAAGAUCGUCUUCAAUAAAACCAUCCCCUGUGUCUCCUCGCCUAGAACCAACGACCCCCCGCACCGCCGGUCAGCGGUUCCUACCGGAAACGCCGAAAACUACUCCUACCGCCGUUCCUCCGGCGUACGCUAAUGUACACUCGCAGCUUAAUUCUGGAAAUGCCCGUCAGAUCGCUCCCCAGAUUGCCAAGCUUUUGGAAGAGCCUAAGUCUGAAAAAGGUCGGGACCCGCCGGCGGUUCCUAAACCCGCCGCGAGAAUGUCGUUACGUUCAAAGAGUGGAGAUGCCAACUCCCGAGUGUCUACCCGGCGGUCAGCCGAGGAACCCCAUAUUGGAAAAUAUCGACUCCUUAAAACCAUUGGGAAGGGAAACUUCGCCAAGGUCAAGCUUGCGAAGCAUAUCCCUACGGGUAAGGAGGUGGCGAUCAAGAUCAUUGAUAAGACCCAGCUGAACCCCGGCAGUUUACAGAAGCUGUUCAGGGAGGUCAGGAUUAUGAAGACCCUCGACCAUCCAAAUAUUGUUAAACUCUUCCAGGUUAUAGAGACGGAGAAGACCCUGUACCUCGUGAUGGAGUACGCCAGUGGCGGGGAGGUGUUCGACUACCUCGUCCUACACGGCAGGAUGAAGGAGAAGGAGGCCAGAGCCAAGUUCAGACAAAUAGUUUCCGCUGUCCAGUAUUGUCAUCAGAAGAAAAUAAUUCACAGGGAUCUGAAGGCUGAGAACUUGUUACUGGAUUCAGAAAUGAACAUCAAGAUUGCAGAUUUCGGGUUCAGCAAUGAGUUUGUUCCAGGGAAUAAGUUAGAUACUUUCUGUGGGAGUCCACCGUACGCUGCUCCAGAACUAUUCCAGGGUAAGACAGGGGUUGUACUGUACUGAAACUGUACUGUACUGAAACUGUACUGUACUGAUAAUUAAUUAUUAUUAUUCAGGGAACGAGUACUGCGAGGAAAAUAUAGAAUACCCUUCUAUAUGAGUACAGACUGUGAAAACUUGUUAAAGAAAUUUCUUGUUUUAAAUCCAACUCGCAGAGCGUCGCUAGAGGCGAUCAUGAAGGAUAAAUGGAUGAACAUGGGUUUCGAGGAGGAGGACCUUAAACCGUAUAUAGAACCUGUACAGGACUGGGCAGACAUGAAAAGAAUAGAAAUAUUAACGACCAUGGGGUUCACAAACAGUCAAGUAGAUGAAGCAUUAAAACAGCAGAAGUUUGAUGAUUGCUAUGCAUCGUAUCUUCUUCUAGGCAGAAGAAAUACAGACUUUUUGUUCCAACUUGACUCUGAGGGGAGUAGAUCAGGUUCCAGCUUGUCUCUCCGAGCCACAGCUCCGGGAGGUUCUGGUGGCCAGAGCUCCGCCCCCAGCCCCGCCCACGCCUCCUCCCACCGUGGGGUGCAGCGGAGUAUCAGUGCGACGAGCAACAAACCCCGGCGUGGGUCCACCGGUGCGGAAACUAAUGCUUGUGAGUUAACCGGCGCGCCUGCAGCCACGGCUAGCGAGAAAGGUCAAGGUCAAGGUCCCCCCACUGCAGUUCCUAGAACUAAUGCUACUUCUGCUAACUCAAACUUUAAACGUCAAAACACCGUGGAUUCCGCUACAAUAAAGGAGAAUACUGCUCGAUUAGCUGGUCAAAGUUCUCUGACCCCGAUCCGACCAAGUACAGCAGGAUCUACUAAACCGGAAACAACCAGAACCACUUCAACUACCUCGCCUAAAGCUCGUGGUAUAACGAAAUCCAACACCAUGUCAAACGCCACAGGUCGAGCGGCGAUUGGUGGCUCGGCAGUCAAUCGCCGGUCCGCUAUCGGCUGCGAGCAGAAGUCUUCUUCAACCGAUAAAACCAACGCUAUGGGAUCUGGCAACCUUAAUACAAGUGGUGCUGGUGCUCCCGCCAACCCUAACAAUGGGGAGACAGGGGCGAGCAGUUCACCCCCCGGACCUGAAUCAGAUUCUGACACUGCCGCCCCUGAGGCAACUCCUCGCCCCCGUCAGGGUCACGUGAAGAGUGCAUCCAUUUGCGCGGGGGGUGGGCCUAAUUCCCCCGCCCCCCAUCCCGCCUCAGCAGGGGCUGCAGAUUCUGACCGAACCAGUUUGAAAAUGCCGCUUUCUCCGGGGGCGUCUAGUAGAGGGGGAACUACUGCAUCCUUUCAGCGGCAAGUACCGGCAAGAUCCACAUUUCACAGUGGACAGACAAGACGACCAGCGCCAGCUAGUCAGUAUGGGGUUCCUAUAUCCUCACAGGAUACGAAUGCUCUAAACUCUGCGGCUCGAACCUCCUUCUUCUCGAAGCUAAGCUCCAAGUUCUCAAAACGCUAUGACGGAACAGAAACGGGCUACGAGGGAGGGUCCCUGAGUAUUCCUGGACCAGGAACACCUAGUAGCAAGAGUACAGUUGGGAGUGUAGGGGAGGGGGGUGAAAUAAAACCUCGCUCACUCAGGUUUACUUGGAGUAUGAAGACGACUUCUUCUAGGGAUCCUAACGAAAUAAUGGCCGAAAUUAAGAAGGUGUUGGACGCCAAUAAUUGUGAUUACGAGCAACGCGAGCGGUUCCUGUUACUCUGUGUUCAUGGGGAUCCUAACACAGACAGCCUGGUUCAGUGGGAAAUAGAGGUUUGUAAACUCCCACGGCUCUCUCUUAACGGUGUCCGAUUUAAGCGUAUCUCAGGCACUUCCAUUGGGUUUAAGAAUAUAGCGUCAAAGAUAGCCAACGAGUUGAAACUCUAAAGCUGAGGUCAGAAAAGCACGUGAAAUAAACCUGUGAAAAGUGAUCCGAUUGAUUAAAUCAAUAUAAUGUUGUACACUUUUCUAACUGUACAGUGUACACGCCUAGAUGAAUGCCUAGACCCUUGACCAUGUAUUUAUUGUGUACAAUUGUUCAACUACAAAGCUAUUACUGUACAAUUGUACAACUACUACGCUACUUCUGUACAACUGUACAACACAAACGCUAGUGAGAAAGAAAUGAGUUAUGUACAGAGAAUGCUGUUUAAUAUGAAUUGACUAAAUGCUAAUUUAUCCAUUGUGAACCGUGAAUACUAGAUUAUAGAUAUGUGUAAUUGUUAUAUUAGAGUUUUCUUGAAACAAUUUAAGAUUCUUACACUGCGUUUACAGAAAAAUAUUCAGAAACAUGUAUUUCAAUCGUUAUUUAUUAAACAUUCAAGAUAGUUAAUAACUGAUAACAAAUCAUUUUUUAUAGCGUAAGUAAGUAAAAACACACAUCUACUUUUAUCAAAGCUUGUUAAGAAAAAUUUUAUUUUAUUUCAAAUUUCAAAUCUUGAAGUUUUGACGAAUUGUUUAAGUUGUAGAAAUUAUAAACUUAUAAAUAUAACCUUCGGAGCUAA